AAAAAAAAAGUUUGGUUGUUCCUUUGUUUUCUAUCAUCUCAGCCAAAGGUUUGUUUCAACGUAAUAUCUCCAACCAAAAAAAAACCAACCUUCUCCUCCCCGAUUCGCCGCUUUUAAUGUUUCAAGAAUCUCAAACAAAAUUUUUUUUUUUGGUGCAGCUUCUCUUGUUGCUGGAAGCUAUGACGUAUAGGAUUCCAAAUCACGUGAAUUGCUGUAAGCUGGUGGUCCGUGCGCAGAAGCUUGUCAGUUGCCACUUACGUUGCCUCCGGUCGUCUCUGAGAUCAUUGGGGGGUGAAGAUAGAAAGUCGACAAUGUUCUAUUACGUACAUAGAAGCUUAUCUCUGAGAAAUUUCAUGGAAAUGUGGAGAUAUGUUAGUCAAAUAUGUUCAGGAAGUAACAACAAAGACACAAUGACGUUCCAAAAACGGCUAUUUGAUCGAUGAACUGCUUUCAACAACACACUUUUUUUAACUAUUAAAUAAUUUAUGUGUCUCUUUUGUAGGGCUAGGAUAGUACUUCCAUUACAUAUGCAUUUUGUAAUGAACAGAUGCGGUACAGAAAAGGACAAGUUGUAUGGUUUACCUUGGGGAAAAGAAGGGUGCUUCAACCCUGGGCUAUUCCUUCAAUGCCUGGUACUUUGAAAGCGACUUGGGAAG